AUGCCCUUGAGGCGAGAGCCCUCUCGGGAGCACGAGCUGCCUGUUGGAAGCUCCUGGCGCAUGGUCGAAGGCGGCGAGAACGACAGCUUCGACACGUCCAUCGUCCCCGAGCUUGACUUUGAAGACGACAUUCCCCUGUCGAGCGGGCCCUCCCAAGGCAACUUCAGCCUCGCCUCCCAAGACAGCGCCCACAGCAUCAGCGACUUCGUCGACAGGGCCGACGACGAGCGCGUCAUCCUGCGCACGCCCUUUCGCCCUUCGAUCCCCACGACGCGCCAGCCAUCUGACGAUGUUCACCGCACGCCUGAACCCGAGUUUUACAUGCCUUCCAUCCACAUGGAGAGUCCGAGCCAAGGCCGCAGCAGCAGCGGCCGCUCUUCGAGGACAAUCCGGCCCACCAUGGACGAGAAGGAGAGGAUCGCCAUGCGCCUGAGGAAUCAGAGGCAGCAGUCGGGCUACGGCAGCCUCCUGCGGAAACGUAACAACAACAGCAGCAGCAACGAUGCGAAAUUCGGUGGAAGAGAGGCCCAGCGCCAGCCAACAGACCGCCAACAGCAGACGGUCGGUCGCCGCGUCAUGGACUCGGCGCCGCACGCCCUCCUCGACGUGCUCGCCUGGGUAGCGGACAUUGUCGGCAUGGCGCUGCGCAUGCUCAAACUUCCCCUGGCCAUGAUAUUCGCCGUCUGGCUCAUGAUCGGCGCCACCAUCAUCCUGCGCAACAUGGUCACCCAGUCCAUCACGACGUCGCUCUCGCCCAUCUGCAAGAUUCCCGGCGUCGGCGCCCUCAGCCUGCCCUUCUGCCCGCAGUUUGGCGUCACGCCCGCCGGCUCCGACGAGCAGCUGUCGGCGCCGGGCGGCCAGAGCGUCGAAUUUGACGACCUCAUGAACGUCCAGGCGAGCUUCGAGCAGGUACUCGAGCGCAGCGCCGACGGCGUCUCGCUGCCCAUGGAGAUGAAGCGCUCCGAGUCGUCGAUCCGCGAUCUGCGCACCAUGGUCCGCUACUCGGAGCUGCCGGCGCGCGACGAACUCGUCUUCCACUUUGACGAGUACAUUGCCACUGCGCGCCAGACGGCCUCUGACCUGCAAAAGUUCAACACGCACGUCGGCUCGGCCGUCGACUCGGUCAUUUCCAUCAACCACUGGACGUCGCGCUAUCUCGACGCCCUCGACGCAUCCACGGCCGCCGCCGACGCCGACAGUGCCGGCACCGGCCUCGCCGUCUGGACCUCCUGGCUCUUCGCCCCCUUCCAGCCCGCCACGGUACCCUUUGAUGAGCGCGCCCUCCUCGACAAGUACAUUGAGCACACGGCCCUCGUGUCCGACCGCAUCGCCGGCCUCCUCGUCGAAGCCCAGGCCGUGCUCCGCCUCCUCACAAGGGCCGAGGAUCACCUCUCGCUCAUCUACGACGUUGUCACGCGCUCGCACCGCUCCGUCCGCGACUCCCGCGACGACGUCCUCUGGACCCUGUGGUCCCUCGUCGGCGCCAACAACCGCCGCAUCAGCGACCUCAACGGCCAGCUGCGCCUCCUGCGCGCCGUCGACACGCAGCGCUCCCAGGCCGUCUCCCAGGUCUCGGCCCUUGUCGUCGAGCUCGAGAAGAUUGAAGCCGGCCUCGGCGACCUGCGCGACCGCGUCGCCGAGCCCGGCCUCGCCCGCUCCGCCAUUGGACCCGGCCCCGGUCUGGGCGACCGCGGCGCCAUACCCCUAAGCGUCCACAUUGAGACCAUCGACCGCGGCGUCGACCGUCUCGAGCAGGCGAGGCGGCGCAUCCGGGAUGCCGAGGAUGACAAGGUCAGGGAGGCGCUCGCGAGGGGCGGUGUCAAGGACGAGGCGAGGGCCAUCGAUGCGUGA